AUGACGCGUCUGGCGGCGUUUCAGCGCCUUGUCAGCCAGUACGAAGACAUUGCGGACUUUUUAGUUGUAUAUAUCGAGGAGGCGCAUCCGUCGGACGGCUGGGUGAGCUCGGACGCUCCUUACCAGAUCCCCAAGCACCGCUGCAUAGAGGACAGACUGAGAGCCGCCCAGCUGAUGCUGGCUGAGGUGCCGGGCAGUAACGUGGUGGUGGAUAAUAUGGACAACUCGUCCAACGCCGCGUACGGAGCCUACUUUGAGAGACUUUACAUCGUGAGGGAUGAGAGGGUGGUGUACCAGGGGGGCAGGGGUCCAGAGGGAUACCGGAUUUCCGAGCUUAAAAACUGGCUGGAGCAAUACAGGAACGGUCUGGUGAAUUCCCAAACAGCGGUGCUCCAUGUGUAG